AUGGUUUCAGAGGAAAAGAAGUCCAGCACUUUGCAGAGGAUUAUAUCCUCCUGCCGCCUCCAUGACCCGUCCAUGACGGCCGCAAAUGCAUGGAUCAACGACGACAUUCGCCCACUACCACCCUCUCGCCGACGAUGGAGCGGUAUGACAUACCUGGGGUGGUGGGCCAUCUGGAUGAUGGGAUUAAGUAACUUCCAGCUAGGCUCGUCCUUGGUGGCCAUCGGUCUCUCUGUAUGGCAGGCGAUGGUGGUCAUCAUCCUUGGCCGGAUUCUCCUUGCCACCGUUGCCAUCUUAAAUGGAGCAGUCGGUGCACGAUGGCACAUUGGCUUUCCCGUCUUUUCUCGCAUCGUCUGGGGAAUGAGAGGUUCAUACGGCGCGAUCCUACUCCGCAUUCUCCUGGGACUUGUUGGAUUUGCGGUGCAGUCCUGGAACGGGGGCCUUUGUAUUACUGCCGUGCUCAGCGCCAUAUUCCCCUCGUACUUGCACCUCCGUAACACCAUCCCGGAGUCUUCUCAUGUCACCACAGCCCAGCUGGUGAGCUGGAUCGUCUUCCUUGCCCUAUGCGUUCCGCUCAUCUACGUGCGACCUGAGCGCGCCCCAAAGGCCAUGGCAGUGAUGAAUAUGCUGACGCUGAUCACGAUCCUCGCGAUCCUGAUCUGGGCUUUGGCCACCGCGCAUGGAGCUGGACCGUUGCUUUCUCAGCCUGGUAUACCGAUGACAUCUUCCCAGUUGGGCUGGUCAAUGAUAGGAGGAAUCAAUGCUGUAAUUGGCACAGUGGCGCCAGCUUUGAUGAGCCAGCCUGAUUUUUCCCGCUUUGCCAGACGAGAGCGCGACCAGAUCUGGGGACAGGCAGUGGCGUUCGUCUUAGUCGGCACCAUCAUGCCACUAUUUGGCUGUCUUGUGUCCUCUGCCACGCAGCAGAUCUACGGCGAAGCCAUCUGGAACCCGCCAGUUCUCAUUCUCACCUGGUUGACCAACGGCCAGUACCGCUCCUCGACGAGAGCCGCGGCCGCAUUUGCAGGACUGGGCCUGACCAUCAGCCAACUGGCAGUGGUGGUAGUCGAUAAUGCGUACUCGGUGGGAAUCGACCUCUGCGGUUUGUUCCCGGCUUUCCUGAAUAUCCGGCGCGGAGCGUAUCUGGGACUGGCGCUGGGAAUGGCCUUCUGCCCCUGGGAACUGUUGUCCACCGCAUCGAUUUUCCUCAUGGUGAUCUCCGGGUUCACCGUAUUCUUCGGACCCAUCUGCGGAAUCCAGGUGGCCGAUUACUGGGUCUUACGGCGGCAGCGCAUCAAGCUCUCCGAUCUCUACAGUAUCAAGCGCGAUGGAAUAUACUACUAUGUAUACGGGGUGAACUGGCGCGCGUUCGUGGCGUGGGCUGUCGGCUUCGCGCCUCUCAUGCCUGGCUUUAUACAUGCGGUGCAGCCUCGGAUUACCUUAAAAACCGACGUGGGGCACCUCUACCAGAUUGCCUUUGUGUUGGGGUUCUGUAUCAGCUUUGUAACUCAUUGCGCCCUUAAUGUGGUCUUUCCGCCUCGGGGGCUUGGUGAGAUGGACCACGAUGAUCGGUUUGGGACGUUUACAAGUAUGGAGGCACGGGCGCUUGGAAUUGACGCAGAUAGUGCAUCUCCAUCGAUCACUCCUGUUUCUGAUAGUAACCAGGGGGAAUCGGUGGAUCUGGAGGGAAGCAAGGGGUGGUCGUGA